AUGUCCCGCAGCAACCCUUUCAGCAAGGAGCCCAACCCGUUCGCGGACCCCUCCGUGACCCAGCACACUGAGACAGAGGAUGAUGGAGGGUAUGAUGUUCCUGCCACAACAGGAGUUGGUGCCUAUGGUGGGGGAGCUGGUGCCUAUGGUGCGGGAGCUGGUGCAUGGUCCACGGCCCCACCACCACCAGCACCAGAUUACACAAGCCCAAGGUCGCCAAAGAAUGGCUCAAAGAAAAAAGAGAGGGGCUUAGAUCAGGCACCUGUUCCGCCGCCAGCGCCAGCACCAGGAACACAAGCACCAAGAACAAAGAAUUUUCCCAAGUGCUGGCCAUUGGUGUACCAUGACAUUGAUGCUGAGAUCCCACAGCACAUGCAGAGGCUUGUCCGCUGGACCUUCUGGUCCUACCUGCUUUUUGUGGGGACCCUGGUGUGGAACUUCUUCGCACUUCUGGUCAGCGUUGGCUCUGGCACCAGCUUCGUUUUAGGCAUGCUUGUGGCAUUGUUGUUUCUGGUUGUCGGAGUUCCUGCUGCAUGGGUCCUGUGGUACCGUCGCAUCUACAAUUCAGCCAUCAACGACCGGGCGUUCUCAUACAUGUGCUUCUUCAUGUUGUACAUUGUGCAUAUUGGGUUUUGCGUUUGGGGAGCCAUUGCCCCUCCCAUUGGUGUCAACAAGAAGGCGUUUGCUGGCUUCAUUCGUAUGAUAGACAUGUUUGAUGACGAAGACGUGUGGCUUGGAGUAGUGUACCUCAUCGGCUUUGUACUGUGGACCUUGUGUGCCCUUGUGGGCAUCUUCCUCUGGAGCAGGUUGAUGACAGCUUUCCGCACCAGUGGUGGCAUCCAACAGGCACAGGCAGAGGCAACGAGGGCAGUGGGCAGAGCCGCCGUUGAACAGGCUGGCAGAGUGUGA